AUGGCCCCGUGGACGCGCCUCCUGCCCCUGCUCGCCCUGCUGGCCCUCUGGGCGCCCGCCCCCGCCCAGGCCUUCGUCAACCAGCACCUGUGCGGCUCCCACCUGGUGGAGGCGCUGUACCUGGUGUGUGGGGAGCGAGGCUUCUUCUACACCCCCAAGGACCGCCGGGAGCUGCCCGAGCUGCAGGGCGGGGAGGUGGAGAUGGGUGCGGGCGGCCUGCAGGCCCUGGCCCUGGAGGGGCCCCCGCAGAAGCGUGGCAUCGUGGAUCAGUGCUGUACCAGCAUCUGCUCGCUCUACCAGCUGGAGAACUACUGCAACUAG